AUGGCGACUUCAGGGUUCAAGCAUUUGGUGGUUGUGAAGUUUAAGGAAGAUGCAAAGGUUGAUGAGAUCUUGAAGGGCUUGGAAAAUCUUGUUGCUCAAAUUGAUACUGUCAAAUCCUUUGAAUGGGGAGAAGAUAAAGAGAGUCACGACAUGCUAAGACAAGGAUUCACUCAUGCAUUCUCGAUGAACUUUGAGAACAAAGAUGCUUACGUUUCUUUCACAAGCCAUCCUCUUCACGUUGAGUUCUCAGCCGCUUUCACCGCCGCUAUCGACAAGAUCGUGCUCCUGGAUUUCACCGUCGCCGCCGUCAAAUCUCCCGUUGAAGCAGCAACAUGA